AUGGCAACAAGUGCAGGCACCAAACUAAAGCCCCUGAGGUUCGUCCGAACGACCACACCCCAUCCCAAGUACAACCCCCAAGCUCACCACACCCAGCUCCGUAUCUCCAACGCCACCGAAGGCAGCGUAGACUUUGAACUACACAUCACAAAAGACCACACGAACCGUCUCAACAUCAUCCACGGCGGCACCAUCGCCAGCUUAGUCGAUCUCGGAGGCUCACUGGCGGUGGCCUCAAGGGGGUACUACAUGACUGGUGUCUCGACCGACCUAAACGUCACCUACCUCAGCAGCGGCGGCAAAAUAGGCGACAAACUACACGGCACCGCCGAGUGCGACUGGAUCGGCAAAACCCUCGCCUACACGCGCGUAACCUUCUGGGACUCGCAGCGAAACAUGGUUGCCCGGGGCAGCCACACAAAGUGGGGCCCCCUCCCCCUAUCCGAGCUAGAGCCAGAGCCGGUGCCCAAAUCUACGUCUACGUCUACGACGGGGUGA